UGUCGGCCUCCUGUGGGACGGCACCAUCAUAAAGAAGUGGGACAAUGUCUCUCAGUCAGAAACACAGAAGCACAGUCCUCGCCACAACUGUCGGAACAAGUACGAGGAGCAAGAGUGUCUUCUGCUCUGUCGCAUCACUCUGUUGAGACUGACCUGUAGAAUGACCCACCAGUUUCCCACACUCACCACGGAGCAGAAGAGGGAGCUGCAUGAGAUAGCUCUGCGCAUUGUGUCUCCUGGAAAAGGCAUUCUAGCAGCCGACGAGUCAGUAGGCAGCAUGGGAAAACGUCUAAACCAGAUCGGAGUGGAGAACACGGAGGAGAACCGCCGCCUGUUUCGCCAAGUCCUCUUCACUGCAGACGACCGUAUCGAUAACUGCAUCGGCGGAGUCAUCUUCUUCCAUGAAACGCUCUACCAGAACUCAGACGACGGUGUUCCUUUUGUUAAAAUGAUUAAAGACAAAGGCAUCACUAUCGGUAUUAAGGUUGACAAAGGAGUAGUUCCCCUGCCUGGAACGAAUGGUGAAACUACUACACAGGGGUUGGAUGGUCUGUCGGAGCGAUGCUCUCAAUACAAGAAGGAUGGAGCGGAUUUUGCUAAGUGGCGCUGCGUGAUGAAGGUCAGCGACACCACCCCGUCUCAGCUCUGCGUUACAGAAAAUGCCAAUGUCCUCGCUCGGUAUGCUAGCAUCUGCCAGCAGCACGGGAUUGUACCCAUUGUGGAACCUGAGAUCCUGCCCGAUGGUGAUCAUGACCUGAAACGCUGCCAGUUUGUUACAGAGAGGGUUCUUGCAGCAGUCUACAAGGCCAUGUUCGAUCAUCAUGUGUACUUGGAGGGCACUCUGCUCAAGCCCAACAUGGUGACCCCCGGACACGGCUGCCCCACCAAAUACAGUGCAGAAGAAGUGGCCAUGGCGACCGUCACCGCCCUGCGGCGCACCGUCCCUCCUGCGGUUACAGGGGUGACCUUCCUGUCUGGAGGCCAGAGUGAAGAGGAGGCUUCCCGCAACUUAAACGCCAUCAACAACUGCCCGCUGGUGAAGCCCUGGGCCCUCAGCUUCUCCUUUGGUCGAGCCCUGCAGGCCUCUGCCCUGAAAACCUGGCGCGGCCAGAGAGAGAACCAAAGCGCCGCCACCGAGGAGUUCAUCAAACGUGCAGAGGUCAACAGUCUAGCAGCCCAGGGGAAGUACUGUGGUGGAGGAGACAGCAGUGGAGCUACUGGCCUCUCUCAUUACCUCUCUAGUCAUGCUUACUGAAUCACUGUUAACUGUCUUUGUUUGAUGAUUUCUGAGGUAUAGCCAUUGCCACUGCCAUAGAAAUUACUACUAAAGAUAUAUAUAUAUAUAUAUAUAUAUAUAUAUAUAUAUAAUUAAUAUAUUACUAUAAUAUGUAAUGUAGAUUCAGAACAUCCCAGUUCUAUCCGGACUAAAUCUGGAGAAUCGAGAGUUGAUUAAAAGGAACGGAUUGAAUUAAAUGCCAAAUAUUAAACAAUCAAAAACACUGUAUCAGGUUAUCGCUUCAUGGUCAAAUUGAGUAAAUGCUCUUAACCCUUUAACGUUCUGCUCUGUUCUAAUUAUUUUGUAGAGCAACUUUUAAGGCAUUAUGGACUAUACUGCUAAAAAUAUCCUGCGCUGGUCUGCAUUGUGUUUGGUGAUGUGAGGUCUGGAUGGAUUUGAGAUGCUCAGCCAUGGGAAUUGGGAAUUUGGUUUGGAUGGGUUUGCAAAUGUUUUUAGCAAUACAGUCAAUUUAGUGUAUCUUAUUGAGGAGGUGUUAAACUGUUAUUUGUAACAAUCAAAGGUUAAAUAGAAGUAGAAAAUAAAAUCUGACAGAGGUCAAUAGUUCCAAUAUUAACUCUUUUCAGUUUGUGUUCAUAAAUAAAUCCCUAAACACAUGUGGAUUGGUGGACUUUUUGAAGGUAAGCAUGUAAUCUUCACCAUAUUAUAGUUUCAGGUUUUGAUGGAUGUAAUUGUGUAUAAGUAUGUGGGAUUUGCACAUGUAUUUUUUACUGUAGAAUUUUAAAAACUAGGGUCUUCAAAACAAAAAAAAAUGCUAACUGUUAUUAUUAUUCAUGCCCAAAAUCAAAUAAUUUCAUAUUGCUUUUUUGUGAUUAAGAUGUUAAAGGGUUAAGAAUUGAUGCACUUGCUACAAUAAACUAAUCACAGAGAAAAUUCAUAUAAUUUAAUUAAACUAUACUAACGACGCUGUUAUGAUUCUUAUUACUGAGCCAACACAAUUUGAGUUUCUCUAUUAGAUUUGUUAGGAUGAUUGAACUGACCUGCUUGUGUGAUCCCGUUGUUCCUAAAUACAAUUCUUUACUGAGCCUCUUGAUGUGAUGCUAAGUUCCUGUUUAUUGUGUUGUUUUUGUAAGUGCUUUGGUUGUAUCUGGUGAGACAAAAAGCAAUUAUUGUAUCGAUAAAACAAUAAACAGUAAAAAUAAUUAAGUGUGUAA